ACUUAAACCAGCCAAGUCCACCAGGGAAGGAGAGCACUUGCAGUGUACAUAGUAUGAAUCGUUGAUUGCUACCAACGAACCAACGAACCAACCGACCAAUCAACCUACCUGGGUCAUUUACAGCCCCUGUUUGAACACACUCGUAAUACAGCCCUCACUGACAAGUCGCUGUUUUUCCGGUGUCAAUUUGCUGUCCCGUUUGAUUGCUUGCUUCCCACGCUCGGGUGGCAGCCUCUCAGCGCUUCCGGACGACAUUGACACACUGACCCUAGCUAGCUGCUUCGUUUGUGUUUUGACACUUGCUCUCGUCCGCAUGUCUGUUUGAUAGAGUUACGGUCCGGACAAUCAAUCAAGGUGUGAGAACCCGAACCAGCUUGGAACUGAACCCGGCCAACCUCCUGUCAUCCGGACGGUACCUUGAGGGCCUCUUGUGGGAACUUAGUUGUGUUAUCCGCGAAGAGGAAGAAGGUCCAAUAGAAACAAAAUGAAAGCUAUCGUCCAGCGUGUUUUGUCCGCCUCAGUAGCCGUGGACAACGAGGUUAUCUCGUCAAUUGGGAAGGGCCUUCUCGUCCUCGCCGCUGUCGCUCCAGGCGACACUGAGAAAGAUGCCGAGAUUCUUGCAAACAAGGUGCUGAAGCUCAAGAUGUGGGAUGAUGACGCCGGCGGCAGAUGGAAGAAAACGGUACAGGAAAUUGACGGAGAAGUCCUCUGCGUAUCUCAGUUCACACUGUUCGCCAAGAUUAUUAAGAACAAGCCCGACUUCCGUCUCAGUGCGCCGGCCGAAGAUGCCAAGACGCUCUAUCAUUACUUUCUGCAAAAGGUGCAAGAAAAUUACGCGGCGGACAAGAUCAAGGACGGGCGAUUUCAGGCCAUGAUGGCCGUAUCUUCGACUAACGACGGCCCGGUUACGUUUGAGCUAAACACAGAGCCAGUGCAGAAACCUUGAGUGGCCACAGACUACGAGAAUGCGAUUUGCUCUGUCGCGGACAUACCGCUUGGUGGUGCUCUAGGAUGACUUGUAGAUUCCAUGUCGGUAUAGAUAGGGUCUGGUAUCACCCAUAGAUAUAGCAUUCCGCGUGACAAAAAAAGUUCGCUUUCCUAAACGAUUUCAAGAUAUUCGACGCUAGGGACGACCAAAUAGAGCAAAUAGCAUGGCCCAUUCCCCCGAGAUGCGGUAGAUGAGCUAUACAGACAUAGACAAGACCACCACGAUGAUGGCGGAGCAAUAACGUGGCUCUCGCCUCGAUUUCGAUUAUUGUAAGGGCUUCGAAGCCACUCUGUCUCCAUGUGCGUGCCUCUACAGUCAAUCGAAUGCAAAGGUCCGAGAUCUCAGAUUUCAAUCAUAUUGGCAGGGAGGUAGGUUCUAAUUGGUC